AUGAUCGAGCUUGUGUUCAUCCCUUCGCCUGGCAUCGGCCACAUCCGAUCAACGGCGGAAAUGGCAAAGCUUCUCGUCGACAACGACGACCGCGUAUCCAUCUUCAUCAUCGUCAUCCCUGCGCGCAACGUUUCCUCCGGUGACAUCUCCUCCGCCUGCCCUCGGUCCGGAUCCCGUCUCCGCUACUGCUUCCUCCCCACCAGAGAUCAAUCGAGUAACGACCCUGAUCAGACCUACAUAUCAUACCUCGAGAGCCACAAAUCGACUGUUAGAAGAACCGUCUGCAUAAUCGCCCGCGUGUCGCAAGGUCGCCUUGCGAUUGUGGUGGAGAUGUUCUGCACGCCGAUGAUAGAUAUCGCCACAGAGUUAUGCAUCCCGGCUUAUACCUACUUCACAUCCAACGCUACGUAUCUCGGGCUAAUGCUCCAUGUUCAACACCUUCACGACGAAGAAAACUUUGACGUGACGGAUUUGAGAGAUUCCGACACCGAGUUAGACGUUCCUGCUCUGACUCGGCGUCUUCCGGCUAUGUGCUUGCCGUCUGUGAUGUUGAGCAAAGAAUGGUUUCCUAAUCUUUUGCGCCGAGCAAAGACUUUGAGAGGAACAAAGGGUAUUUUGGUAAAUUCAUUGGCGGAUAUCGAACCUCAGGCGUUUAAGUUUUUUUCCGGCGAGGAUCAGGAUACUCCUCCGCUGUACGCGGUGGGACCCAUCCUGCGUUUUAAAAAUGAUUCCGAUGAUGAGAAGGGAUCGGAGAUCUUGCGUUGGCUAGAUGAGCAACCGCCGAGAUCCGUGCUGUUCCUCUGCUUUGGGAGCAUGGGAGGCUUCACCGAAGAACAAACCAGAGAAAUCGCCGUGGCGCUCGAGAGAACCGGCCAUCGGUUUCUCUGGUCGCUCCGCCUCGUGUCGCCGGAGGAGAUAAUGGCGGGAACUAUUCCCGGGGAUUGCACGAACUUGGAGGAGGUUCUCCCGGAAGGGUUUCUUGAUCGGACUGCUGAGACCGGGAAGAUCAUCGGUUGGGCCCCACAAGUCGCUGUUCUAGAGAAUCCUGCCAUGGUGGAGGAGCUUGGUUUGGCGGCUGAGAUCAGGAGAGAAUACCGGAGAGAUUCUCUGUUGGGAGAGCCGGAGAUAGUGACGGCUGAGGAGAUAGAGAGAGGGAUCAACUGCGUGAUGGAGCAGGAUAGCCAGAUGAGGAAGAAGGUCGAGGAGACGAGGGAAUUGCUUCGCGCGGCGUUGUUGGACGGUGGAUCUUCGAAAGCUGCUAUGCGCAUGUUUGUUAAUGACGUGGUCAAAAAUAUUCCUUAG